UUUAAAGUCCAGAAUUUUCUCUAGCUGGGCUUUUUUUCUUUCGUCUGCAUUCUAGAUCUUAGUUAAUUUAAUCUUCAUUAAACAGGUAGCUAGCUUUAAUUUUGCUAGACUACAUCUCCCAAAUGUGUAUUUUGUAUAACGUUAGCUAGCCAACCCUUUUAUCAGUAGCAAUGUCUGUAACAUCCGCCGAUAUGCUUGAAACUCCACCUGGGUACCCCUUUGAAGAGAUAGACUACCAGGAUAUUGAAGUUGAAGAGGUGGUCGGACGGGGUGCUUUCGGUGUUGUGUGCAAGGCGAAAUGGAGAGGCAAAGAUGUCGCCAUCAAGACAAUAGAGAGCGAGUCUGAGAGAAAGGCGUUCGUAGUUGAGCUGCGGCAGCUUUCACGGGUUAACCACCCCAACAUUGUGAAGCUGUAUGGUUCAUGUAGUACUCCAGUUUGUCUUGUGAUGGAAUAUGCCGAAGGUGGAUCUUUGUACAAUGUGCUGCAUGGUACCGAACCCCUCCCCUACUACACCGCCUCCCACGCCAUGAGCUGGUGCCUGCAGUGCUCCCAAGGGGUGGCCUAUCUCCACGGCAUGAAGCCAAAAGCCCUCAUCCACAGGGACCUCAAACCACCCAACCUGCUGCUUAUCGGUGGUGGGACAGUGCUGAAGAUCUGUGACUUUGGGACGGCCUGUGACAUCCAGACGCACAUGACCAACAACAAAGGAAGUGCAGCCUGGAUGGCCCCCGAAGUGUUCGAAGGCAGCAACUAUAGCGAGAAGUGUGACGUGUUCAGCUGGGGCAUCAUCCUGUGGGAGGUGAUCACGCGGAGGAAGCCCUUCGACGAGAUCGGCGGCCCUGCCUUCCGCAUCAUGUGGGCGGUGCACAACGGUACGCGGCCGCCCCUCAUCAAGAACCUCCCCAAACCCAUCGAGAGCCUGAUGACACGCUGCUGGUCAAAGGACCCCUCCCAGCGGCCCUCCAUGGAGGAGAUCGUCAAGAUGAUGACCCACCUGAUGAAGUACUUUCCGGGGUCUGAUGAGCCCCUGCAGUACCCCUACCAGUAUUCAGAUGAAGGACAGAGCAACUCGGCAACCAGCACAGGGUCCUAUGUGGACUACACCUGCACCAGCACCAGUAAUAAGAGCGAUGCCAACAUGGAGCAAGGAGACUCCCAGGGCAGCAACGACACCAUCAAGAUCAUGGAGACCAAGUUUGCACCUCAGUUCAAACCAAAGGGGGACGCGAUGCGAAGUCUCCCCCUGUCCAGAGGGGGCAGUGUGGAGAGCCUAGCAGGACGCCCGCAGUGCCUGGCAUCCUCUGACAGCAAGAGAAUGAGCACCGACCUGUCAGAGCUGGAGCACAGAAUGCCUUUCGGACCCGCAGCACGCCCCCAGUAUAAACGAGGCCAUCGUAAAACCGCUUCCUUUGGCACCAUUCUGGAUGUCCCCAAGAUCAUCGUCACAGCCAGCUGCGAGUCCCAGAGACGCAGAUCCGUGCAGGACCUCCCAGGAAUCGGCACAGAGUCCAGCCAGGGGAGCAGGAACAGCAGCAGGUCGUCCAGCCCCAGCAUGAGGAUGAUCACGUCGGACAAGACAGGCAGCAGGGGCUACGGCUUCUCCCCCGACGACCCCGCAGAUACCAACGGCUCAGACAACUCCAUUCCCAUGGCCUAUCUAACGCUGGACCACCAGCUGCAGCCCCUUGCGCCCUGUCCCAACUCCAAAGAGUCCAUGGCUGUGUUUGAGCAGCACUGCAAAAUGGCCCAGGAGUACCUCAAAGUGCAGACCGAAAUCGCGCUCCUGAUCCAGAGGAAGAAGGAGCUGAUCGCCGAGCUGGACCAGGACGAGAAGGACCAGCAGAACACCUCCCGCCUGGUCCAGGAGCACAAGAAGCUGCUGGAGGAGAACAAGAGCCUCUCCACCUACUACCAGAAGUGCAAGAAGCAACAGGAGCUGAUCCGGGCGCAGCAACAGAAGAGGCAGGGCACAUCGUGACGAGGCGCCGGGACACGCCGCCCCCCCCCGCUCUCUGGCUCCCCCUCCAGGACACCCCUGCAACAGAUUCGCCCAUAUCCCUGCACACCACAGUGCCCCCUGCUGCCCUUCCCCCCCCCCUUUCUCCUGUGGGAUGUGGGGGUAGGCUUCCCUGGUCUGUAGGUUACUGGCUUUCUUGCACUGUAAAAGAGACCUAUGAUCUACUGUGUUCAAGCAUGCUGCGUCAUAUACACGAUCUCAACUCAGAAAAGGGGGGACAGGGAGGAUCAGGAGGGAGAUGGGCCAGUCAGACCCUUUCAAAAUUGAGCCCUCUUGUGUCCCAUUAAAAUCAAAAGAUAUAAAAAAAAAAAAGAAAAUCAAAGUAUAUAAUCAGCCAACCAUCUCAGCUGUCUGUCCGGUCUUACCAGUCCAGACAGUGGCAACAGAUCAGAAUGCAUGCACAUCAUACCUGUCCAUACCAGGGUGUGUGUUUGGGGUUGCCUUGGCAUCCAGGUGGCAGUGGUAAUGUAGGGAACACAAGAAUGCUGGAAGUUUCAGAGCCUGAGAGUGAAAUGCCGGCGUUGUUCUGGCCCCGGUCAGAGGCCGGUGAGAGGCGUCUCCACCACUCUGCUGUCAGACUCUCAGGGCGUGUGUCCAGGUGGGUCAGUGAGAGUGCAACCCCCCCCCCC